AUGUCUUCUGAUUAUGCAAUUGGCCAGUUCCGGUACCUUCAGCGCCUUCUUUUAGUGCAUGGGAGAUGGUCUUACCGUCGCCUUGGAGAAUGCACGGCCAAUUUCUUUUACAAGAAUCUUGUGUGGACGUUCGCUCUCUUCUGGUACUGUAUCUACAACGACUUCGACUGCUCUUAUCUCUUCGACUAUACCUACAUUGUGUUGGUCAAUCUCGCCUUCACUUCAUUGCCCGUGAUCUUCAUGGGUAUCUUCGAUCAGGACGUGGACGACAAGGUGUCUCUUGCCGUGCCUCAAUUGUACAUGAGAGGUAUCGAGCGUAAGGAAUGGUCGGAACUUAAAUUCUGGAUGUACAUGGCCGAUGGCAUGUACCAGUCAAUUAUCUGUUUCUUCAUGCCUUAUCUCCUGUUCGCGCCAGCGAACUUCGUCAAUGAAACUGGUCGGAAUAUCAACGACCGAGCCCGUAUCGGAGUGCUUGUCGCGUCCUGUGCCGUGAUUGCUAGCAAUCUCUACGUCAUGAUGAAUACUUACCGAUGGGAUUGGUUCACUUCUCUGAUCAACGCCAUCAGUAGUCUUCUCAUCUUCUUCUGGACCGGCAUUUACACCUCUUUCACUUCCUCCGGUCAAUUCUUCCAUUCCGCUGCUGAAGUUUAUGGAUCAUUGAGUUACUGGAUCGUUCUUCUGAUGACUGUACUGAUUUGCUUGCUUCCGCGUUUCACAUACAACGCCAUCCAGAAGGUGUUUUUCCCGCUUGACGUCGAUAUCAUCCGCGAGCAAGUGACCCUGGGCAAAUUCAAGUAUCUGGAUGCCAUAGAAGAUCCCCCGCUGCCCCCAAAAGAAGGCGACCCAAAGGCCGCAGCUUCCAGUGAUGGAUCAGCCACCUCUUCGGAAAUAGUGAAGCCAGUGCAGCCCGCCAUGAAGCAUGACACUGGCAUUCUUGAUGAGGAGCGGCCCUUCUACGCUCCAUCCAUGGCCCCAACUGCAAACACCCACAACCCCCGCAGUCAAAAUGGCAGUAACGGCACCAACUACACCGCCAGUCUUGACCAUUAUCCGCGACCACAGUCCGUGGACUAUGUUCGACGAUCUCACGACCGGACACGGCAUUCGUUUGACCGGAGCCGACCGAGCUUCGAGCAAAGCAACGACUUCACCUCUGCUGCCAUGCUUUCCCGAGUGGAAUCGUCGCAGAUCCCACAUCAUCAACAUGAAGACCCGUUCCGGACUCCUGACGAUCCUCCUGUACAUAAUAAUGUGAUAUAA